AUGAGCAAGCCGGCCGGCUCAACAAGCCGGAUUUUAGACAUCCCGUGUAAAGUGUGCGGCGACCGCAGCUCUGGCAAGCACUAUGGGGUUUACGCCUGCGAUGGGUGCUCGGGGUUUUUCAAACGAAGCAUCCGAAGGAACAGGACUUAUGUCUGCAAAUCUGGAAACCAGGGAGGCUGUCCAGUGGACAAGACACACAGGAACCAAUGUAGAGCUUGUCGGCUGAAGAAAUGCUUGGAAGUCAACAUGAAUAAAGAUGCUGUUCAACAUGAAAGGGGACCAAGGACAUCCACAAUAAGGAAACAGGUCGCUCUUUAUUUCAGAGGACACAAGGAAGAUAAUGGAGCCACCCCGCACUUUCCCUCUGCAGCUCUACCUACCCCUCCUUUCUUCACUGCUGUCACACAGCUGGAAUCCCAUAAUUUAGAACUGGCUGCAGUUUCUACGACAUCGGAAAGGCAGACUUUGGUAGGCUUGGCUCAACCAACUCCAAAGUAUCCACACGAAGUCACCGGUACGCCAAUGUAUCUCUACGAAGUGGCUACAGAAUCUGUUUGUGAAUCAGCGGCAAGGCUUCUCUUCAUGAGUAUUAAAUGGGCCAAGAGUGUUCCAGCCUUUUCUACUCUGUCGCUACAAGACCAGCUGAUGCUUUUGGAAGACGCUUGGAGGGAACUGUUUGUUCUAGGAAUAGCACAAUGGGCCAUUCCAGUUGAUGCUAACACUCUACUGGCUGUAUCGGGCAUGAAUGGUGACAACACAGAUUCUCAGAAGCUGAAUAAGAUUAUCUCAGAAAUACAGGCGUUACAGGAGGUUGUGGCCAGAUUUCGACAGCUUCGUUUAGAUGCUACAGAAUUUGCCUGUCUCAAAUGCAUUGUCACUUUUAAAGCCGUACCUACGCAUAGUGGUUCUGAACUGAGAAGUUUUCGGAAUGCUGCUGCCAUUGCAGCUCUUCAAGAUGAAGCUCAGCUCACCCUGAACAGCUACAUUCAUACCAGGUACCCAACACAACCUUGUCGUUUUGGGAAACUCUUGUUGCUUUUGCCAGCUUUACGUUCAAUUAGUCCUUCAACGAUAGAAGAAGUGUUUUUCAAAAAAACCAUAGGAAAUGUGCCAAUCACAAGACUACUUUCAGAUAUGUACAAAUCCAGUGACAUUUAA